AACCUCCAGAAAAAAAAUGGCAUUUUUCUACCAUCAUCUCCUAAUCUUCACCCUCUGUAUUCUGUACGUAGAAUCAGCAGACCCAUCUGCCCAACUUUGCAAUGAAAACUCGAACACCACCACCACCGAACUAACCAGAAACAUCAACUCCCUUUUGCCCAAACUGGUCCAAGCCACAUCCCAACUGGGCUACAGCGCUACCUCAUUCGGCUACGGUCGAACCCAAGUCUUCGGACUAGCCCAAUGCCGAGGAGACGUCAGCAGCCAGGACUGUUCAUCUUGUAUCCAAGAAGCAGCCAACGAAAUCCGGAAGAUGUGCCCGAAUCGUAUAGAUGCCAGAAUAUGGUACGAGUACUGUUUCUUAAGAUACAACAAUGAAAACUUCAUCGGCCAACUCGAUACCGGAUAUGGAACUUUUUACUACAACGUUCAGAAUGUUACGGACCCGGAAAAGUUUAAUGAAGGGCUGGGUGCACUCAUGUACCGGAUCAGCUCGUUAGCGGCUGUGGCGGGUAGCAAAGGGUUGGGGAAAGGGCAGACGAAAUUGACGCCAUUUUCGACACUUUACGGAUUGGUGCAGUGCACACGUGACUUGUCGGAGCUUUCGUGCAGGCAGUGCUUAGCGAUUGCUAUCGGGAACUUACCGACGUAUUGUGAUAACAAGAAGGGGUGUAGAGUUAUAUACAGCAGUUGUUAUGUUCGAUACGAACUCUAUCCGUUUUUCUUUCCUCUCGAUUCUGAGGCGGCUCAUAAGAGCUUGUCGAUGGCGAAUUAUAAAUCGAUUGUCACCAAAACUUGAGUUUCGGUAAGAAAUUAGUCCUUUUAAAGUUAUGAUCAAUAAUCCUGCUGUUUGAUGUAUUUAUGUAAAAGAUAUCAAUGGAUUAAGGUAUUUCUUAGUCGAUC